AUGGAGCUCGACGCCCCGGGCGAUGUGGUCAUCACCGACCUCUCCGACGCGAUGUCCUUCGGCGCCGAGCUCGUCGAGCCCGCGGUCCGCGAUCGGUCCGCGAACGCACGCGCCGAGAGCCCCGUCGCAACGAACGCGCGCGGCGACGAGCUCGUGUUGGUGAUCCACGGGAUGAACUCUCACUGCCGGAACCCCAACGUGCGCGCGCUCGCGGUGGGCCUGGCCAAGCGCGGCGCCCGCGCGCUGACGUUCGAUCUACCCGGGUACGGCUCGUGCGACGGGUCGUUCUGGGACGUCCGCGGGCAGUGGGGCGGCGCCGCCAAGUCGCUCGCGAGGAUCAGGCGGGUGCUCUCCCACCCGGCGGUGCGCGGCGAGGCCUUCGCCAUCGUGGGCUCGUCCAUGGGAGGCGCGCUGGCGAUCUUCGCGGCGAACGAACUCAUGGACGCGGGCGAGCAUGACAUCACGCGGAUCGUCCUGGUCAACCCGCUGAUGCGCAUGAAGACCAGGUUUCCCACCGCGGUCCUCCUCGGCCUCUUCAUCCUCUCCAGGGUCCCGGUGCUGGACAAGUUGGAGGUGAGCGCUCGGCCCAGCGAUCGAAAGGACGGGGACAAGGACAUGGACUUCGACGAGGCCGGCCAGGCGCAGUGCGACGCGGACGACACGACGUGGCGCGGAGGCGUGAGUUUGCUCAGCGGCGUGGAGUUGUACCGCCUGACGCGCGUCAACGGCGACGGCGACGCGACAGAGGUGAGCGUCGACCGAUGCGCCCUCGCUCGACUGAUGCGCCGCGCGCCGACGACGCUGCUGACGGGCGCGAUGGACGACGUGAUACCCCCGGCGUCUUCGAUCGGUCGGUUCGACGCGGCGAUCGGGGCGGGCGGGUGCGCGGAGGGGUGCGCAAGGUACGGGUUCGAUCGAGCGGGGCACUCGCUCACGCUGCAGAGCCGCCGCGAGGUCUUCUUCGACUUGGCGGCGGGAUCGAAACCGCCCCUCUAA